AAAGACAAACCUCAAUAAAAAGCUAACUUCCGUAAGGAGGCACGGAAUGGAAAAGGUGAUGCUGGCAGCUGCCUUUGCAGACUCUAACUCCAGCGCCAUGAACUUGUCUUUUGCUCACCUCCACUUUGCCGGAGGGUACCUGCCCUCUGACUCCCGGGACUGGAGAACCAUCAUCCCAGCUGUCUUGGUGGCUGUCUGCCUGGUGGGCUUCAUGGGAAACCUGUGUGUGAUUGGCAUCCUCCUUCACAGCGCUUGGAAAGGAAAGCCGUCUAUGAUCCACUCCCUGAUUCUGAAUCUCAGCCUGGCUGAUCUCUCCCUCCUGUUUUCGGCACCUGUCCGAGCUAUGGCAUACUCCAAAGGUGUCUGGGAUCUAGGCUGGUUUGUCUGCAAGUCCUCUGACUGGUUCAUCCACACCUGCAUGGCAGCAAAGAGCCUGACAAUCGUCGUGGUGGCUAAAGUAUGCUUCAUGUACGCGAGUGACCCUGCUAAGCAAGUGAGCAUCCACAACUGCACCAUCUGGUCAGUGCUGGGGGCCAUCUGGACUGUGGCCAGCCUGCUACCUCUGCCAGAAUGGUUCUUUAGCACCACCAGGCAUCACGCAGGCGUGGAAAUGUGCCUCAUGGAGGUACCAGCUGUGGCCGAAGCGUUCGUGUCAGUAUUUGGUAAGCUCUACCCCCUCCUGGUGUUUUGCCUUCCAUUACUCUCAGCCAGUUUUUAUUUCUGGAGAGCUUAUGGCCAAUGUAAAAAACGAGGGACAAAGACUCAAAAUCUGAGAAACCAGAUACGCUCAAAGGAACUCACAGUGAUGCUGCUGAGCGUUGCCGCCACCUCGGCUCUACUGUGGCUCCCUGAAUGGAUAGCUUGGCUGUGGGUCUGGCAUCUGAGGACCGGAGGACUGGCCCCUCCACAAGGUUUCAUAGCCCUGUCUCAAGUCCUAAUGUUUUCCAUCUCUUCAGCAAAUCCUUUCAUUUUUCUUGUGAUGUCAGAGGAGUUCAAGGAAGGCUUAAAAGGCUUAUGGAAAUGGAUGAUAACCAAAAAACCUGCAAAUGUCCUGGAAUCUCGGGAAACACCAGCUGGUAACUCAGAGGUCCUUCCUGACAAGGUUCCAUCUCCGGAGUCUCCAACAUCCAUUCCCGAGAAGGAGAAAUCGGGCUCUCCCUCCUCCAGCAAAGAGAAAAUUGAGAAGGUGGAGAUUCCUGUCCUCCCUGACGUAGAGCAGUUUUGGCACGAGAGGGACACAGUCCCUUCUGUACAAGACAAUGACCCGAUCCCCUGGGAGCAUGAAAAUCAAGAAGCCGGGGGUAGUGAUAAAUAG